UGAAUAGUAUAAACCCACGUGUUAACAAUUGCAUCAGGUCAGAGGAUUGAAGAAUGUCACUUGUCUGCAGGUUCUAUCGUCACAAAUACCCUAAACUAGAAGAUGUGGUGAUGGUCAACGUUCGCUCAGUAGCUGAGAUGGGAGCAUACGUCAGCCUACAGGAGUAUGGUAACAUAGAGGGGAUGAUAAUGUUGAGUGAAUUAACAAGACGUCGAAUUCGCUCAAUAAAUAAACUAGUUCGUAUCGGGAGGAGCGAGUGCGUAGCUGUUAUCAGGGUGGACGAAGAUAAAGGAUACAUUGAUUUGUCCAAGAGGCGUGUCUCACCGGAAGAGAUUCAGAAAUGUGAAGAUAAAUUUUCAAAAGCAAAGGCAGUUAACAGUAUCUUAACAAACGUUGCCUCAAAGUUAGGCUACAGUAAUGAGCAGUUGGAGUCUCUUUAUGACAGAACUGCUUGGAAGUUUGAGGACAAUACCGGUAUCCCUGGUAGCUCGUACGAGAUAUUUAAAAAAGCCGUAACUGAUUCUAGUAUAUUAGACGAAUGCACUUUAACUUCAGAAGAACGAGAGAAAUUAGUAGCUAAUAUACAACACAGGUUGACACCACAGCCAGUCAAAAUUAGAUCUGAUAUUGAGGUAUCAUGUUACAGUUAUGAAGGUAUUGAUGCAGUAAAAGCUGCACUGAAACAAGGACUGAAGCAAUCUACUGAGGACAUGCCUAUAAAAAUUAAUUUGAUUGCCCCACCCCAGUAUGUUGUCACGACGACCACAUUGGACAGAGCGGAGGGUAUAGCCAGGCUGAACUCAGUCAUUCAAAUUAUAAGAGAAUCCAUUGAAGAAAGUGAUGGAAACUUUAAUGUAAUCCUUGAGCCUAAAGUAGUGACAGUUGGAGAUGAUGAAGAGCUAAGGGCACAAAUGGAGGAGCUAAGAUUACAGAACCAGGAGGUGGCAGGAGAUGAUGAUGGAUCUGAUGAUGACGCUCCAAUGGAAGAUAAAGCAGAAGGAGACUGAGCUUGGGGGAAUGAUUUUAGUAAUUAUUUUUAUUGUAAAAAAUAGCAAAUAUCCAAAGGAGCUCUUUUUCGAUCAGGAGUACUAUGAAAUAACAAUAAUGUUUCUUAUAACUUUCUUUUGCAAAAUCAAUUUUCCAAUGUUUGUAAA